AUGCGGAUCAUCGAAAUUGUCAUAGACGGAUUUAAAUCCUACGCCGUGCGAACGGUGAUCUCAGGAUGGGAUGAAUCAUUCAACUCGAUUACUGGCCUCAAUGGCUCUGGUAAAUCCAACAUUUUGGACGCCAUUUGCUUUGUUCUCGGAAUUACCAACAUGAGCACCGUUCGAGCGCAAAACCUCCAAGACCUCAUCUACAAGCGUGGCCAAGCCGGUGUCACCAAAGCCAGUGUGACUAUUGUGUUCGACAACCGCGACACUGCGAAGUCGCCAAUUGGCUUCGAGGAGUACGCCAACAUUUCGGUUACUCGCCAGAUCGUGCUCGGUGGCACAAGCAAAUAUCUCAUCAACGGCCAUCGGGCGCAGCAACAAACAGUUCAGAAUCUCUUCCAAAGUGUUCAACUCAACAUCAACAACCCCAACUUCUUGAUCAUGCAGGGACGGAUCACCAAGGUUUUGAACAUGAAGGCUGUCGAAAUUCUCUCAAUGAUUGAGGAAGCCGCAGGCACGCGAAUGUUCGAGGACCGGAGGGAAAAGGCGAUCAAAACAAUGAGCAAGAAGGAACUGAAGUUGCGCGAGAUUGAAGAGCUUUUGAAAGAGGAGAUUGAACCCAAGCUGGAGAAGCUUCGAUCAGAGAAGCGCGCGUUCCUCGAUUUCCAGCAAACACAGAAUGACCUCGAGCGCCUGACUCGACUGGUGGUGGCUCAUGACUAUGUACGAGGUGGAGAACGUCUACGUGUGGCCGGAGAAGAGUGCGACAGAAAACGAAGCAAAGUCCGGGCGUUGGAGGAGAACACGGAAAAGCUGAGGAGCGAAAUUGCUCAUUUGGAGGAGGACGUGAAACGGGUCCGAACUGCUCGCGACAAAGAGCUCAGGAAAGGUGGCAAGUUCCAAGCACUCGAGGACGAAGUCAAAAAUUAUUCGCACGAAUUGGUUCGCUUGACAACUGUCUUUGACUUGAAAAACGCUAGUGCAGAAGAGGAGAAGGAGAAGAGGACGGCGAUCCAAAAAUCUGUCCGCGAAUUGGAGAAAACACUCAAGGAGAAGAAGAAAAUUUACGAUCGGCUCCAGGCGCAAUACGAUGCGGCCAAGGCUCAACUCGAUGCGCAAAAUGUGGAGGUGGAACAAAAGGAAGAGCUUCUGCAGACCCUUCAAACCGGAGUCGCGUCGAAAGAAGGCCAAGAAAGUGGAUACCAGGGUCAACUGCAAGACGCCCGCAAUCGAGUCAGCAAUGCCGCAACAGUCCAAGAACAAGCGAAAUUAAAGAUUAGCAACUUCGAGAAGAGGAUCAAGGAAGAGGAACCUCGUGCUAGGAAAGCCAAGGAACAGAACUCAGGGCUGCUCAAAGAUCUUGAAGAGAUGAAAUCGCAGGCCAGACAGCUAGAGUCUGAGCUCACUCGGCUCGGUUUCGAACCUGGCAAGGAGGAGCAGAUCUACCAGGAGCAAGCUGGCCUUCAGCGCGAUAUUCGGGAUCUCCGCCAGAGGGCAGACGCACUCAGGAGGAAGGCUGCCAAUAUCGAUUUCAACUACCAGGAUCCACACCCAAGGUUCGACCGAUCAAAAGUCAAGGGUCUGGUUGCUCAGCUUUUCACACUGAACAAGGAUCAAGUUGCGGCUGCUACGGCCUUGGAAAUCUGCGCCGGUGGGCGCCUUUACAACGUGGUGGUUGAUUCGGCCGAAACUGGCACUCAACUGCUCCAGAACGGUAAACUGCGCAAGCGAGUUACCAUCAUCCCACUUAACAAGAUCUCUGCGUUCAGAGCUUCAGCAGAGAAGAUUGGUGCUGCACAGAACAUUGCUCCUGGGAAGGUUGAUCUUGCACUGUCUCUCAUUGGAUAUGACGAGGAGGUUGUCGCCGCGAUGAAUUACGUGUUUGGCAACACCCUCAUUUGCCAGGAUGCCGAGACUGCGAAGAGAGUGACCUUCGAUCCUUCUGUCCGAAUGAAAAGUGUCACCUUUGACGGUGAUGUCUAUGACCCAUCUGGCACACUCUCUGGCGGCAGCUCUCCCAAUUCGAGUGGAGUGCUCGUCACUCUGCAAAAACUCAAUGAGAUCACCAAGGAGAUGCGCAGCAAGGAGCGUCAAUUGGCCUCUCUCGAAGAGACCAUGAUUCGAGAAAAGAAGAAGCUGGAUGCCGUCCGGGCCAUCAAACAAGAGUUAGAUCUCAAGUCCCAUGAGAUCAAACUCACACAAGAGCAAAUCAACGGCAACUCUUCUUCUUCGAUCAUCCAAGCUGUUGAGGAGAUGAAAUCGAACAUUGAGCAGCUUAAGACGGAUAUUGUCGACGCCAAGACUCGUCACGCUGAAGCUAUCAAGGACAUCAAGCGCAUCGAGAAGGACAUGAGCGAAUUCAACAACAACAAAGAUACCAAACUGGCCGAGUUGCAGGAUUCCCUGAACUCGCUCAAGAAGAGUCUCAACAAAAACUCCGCUUCCGUCAAAGAGCUCCAAAAAGAGCUGCAGUCAUCUAGACUGGACUCGGAACAAGUAGGCAGUGACCUCUCCGCCGCUGAAGAACAACUGGCCGAGUCCGAGAACACGCUUCAAGCGCAGGUGGAAGAGAUCCAGUCUCUGCAACGUGAGCAGUCGCGACUCAAGGACGCACAUGAAAUCGCCCAAGCACAGCUUGACGAUGAGCGCGCAAAGUUGACCGGCUUCGAUGAAGAACUGCGCGACCUGGAAGAGGCAAUGCAGUCAAAGUCAUCACAGAUUACAGAGGGCGGCCUGGAGAUGCAAAAGCUCGGCCACCAACUUGAAAAGCUUCAGAAAGACCAGCAAAAUGCCGCUCAGGCUGUUUCUCACAUGGAGCAAGAGCAUGAAUGGAUCGCAGAUGAAAAAGAGCAGUUUGGUCGUCCGAAUACGCCAUACCAUUUCCAGAACCAGAACAUUGCAGAGUGCAAGUCCACGCUACGCAAUUUGACCGAACGUUCCCAGGGUAUGAAGAAGAAGAUUAACCCCAAGGUGAUGAACAUGAUCGAUAGUGUGGAGAAGAAGGAGGCUGCGCUCAAGAAUAUGAUGCGGACCGUCAUUCGCGAUAAGAGCAAGAUUGAGGAGACGAUCAUCAAUCUCAACGAGUAUAAGAAGGAGGCUCUUCACAAGACCUGGGUAAAGGUCAACGGAGAUUUUGGCCAAAUCUUCAAUGAGCUCCUGCCUGGCAGUUUUGCCAAGCUGGACCCUCCAGAGGGCAAGGACAUCACUGAUGGUCUCGAGGUCAAGGUCUCCCUUGGCAAGGUCUGGAAGCAGAGCCUCACUGAGCUCAGUGGAGGACAGCGUUCUUUGAUUGCUCUGUCGCUUAUCAUGGCCCUGCUGCAAUUCAAACCAGCGCCUAUGUACAUUCUUGACGAGGUUGAUGCUGCUCUCGAUCUUUCCCACACCCAAAAUAUUGGACGGUUGAUCAAGACACGAUUCAAGGGCUCUCAGUUCAUCGUUGUGUCACUCAAGGAUGGCAUGUUCCAAAACGCAAAUCGCAUUUUCCGUACGCGUUUUAGCGAGGGAACUAGUAUCGUGCAAGCCCUGACGCCCGCUGACAUGAAGUGA